CCCGCGGCGGCGCUGCGCAUGCGCGGCGGCGGCGGGGCGGUGCGCAGGCGCGGCGCGGGCGCAGCCUCGCCAUGGCGGAGGAGGCGGCGGUGCGGGCCCAGGCGGAGGCCGUGCGGAGGCUCAAACAGGACAAGGCCGAUGCUGAGGAGAUUGCAAAGGAAGUGGCAAAGCUGCUCGAGAUGAAGGCACAGCUGGGGACAGAUGAGGGGAAACACAAGUUUGUGCUGAAGACCCCGAAGGGCACGCGGGAUUUCGGCCCCAAGGAAAUGGCCAUCCGUGAGAGGGCCUUCAAAGCCAUCAUCUCGUGCUUCAAGCGCCACGGGGCCGAAGUCAUCGACACGCCGGUGUUCGAGCUGAAGGAGACACUGACAGGGAAAUACGGUGAAGACUCGAAGCUCAUCUAUGAUCUGAAGGAUCAGGGAGGAGAGCUGCUGUCCCUACGCUAUGACCUGACAGUGCCCUUUGCUCGCUACCUGGCCAUGAACAAGAUCACCAACAUCAAGCGCUACCACAUUGCCAAGGUGUACAGGAGGGACAACCCGGCCAUGACCAGGGGCCGCUACCGCGAGUUCUACCAGUGUGACUUUGACAUUGCCGGGCAGUUUGACCCGAUGAUUCCCGAUGCCGAGUGCCUGAAGAUCGUGCACGAGAUCCUGAGUGACCUGCAGCUCGGGGACUUUGUCAUCAAGGUUAACGACCGGCGCAUCCUUGAUGGGAUGUUUGCAGUUUGUGGGGUCCCAGACAGCAAAUUCCGAACCAUCUGCUCCAGCGUUGACAAACUGGAUAAGGUGCCCUGGGAAGAAGUGAGGAGUGAGAUGGUGGGAGAGAAGGGGCUCUCUCCCGAGGCUGCGGAUCGCAUCGGGGAGUAUGUCCAGCUCCACGGUGGGCUGGACCUGAUCGAGCAGCUUCUGCAGGACCCAAAGCUAUCCCAGAACAAGGUGGCCAAGGAAGGGCUGGGGGACAUGAAGCUGCUGUUUGAGUACCUGACCCUGUUUGGCAUCACGGGGAAGAUCUCCUUCGACCUGAGCCUGGCGCGGGGCCUGGACUAUUACACGGGGGUGAUCUUUGAGGCUGUGCUGCUGCAGCAGGAGAACGAGCACGUGGAGGAGCCGGUCAGCGUUGGCAGCGUGGCCGGGGGCGGCCGCUACGACGGGCUGGUGGGGAUGUUUGAUCCCAAGGGCCGGAAGGUGCCCUGUGUGGGGGUCAGCAUUGGCAUCGAGCGCAUCUUCUCCAUCCUGGAACAGAGACUGGAGGCCUCUGAGGAAAAGAUCAGGACAACGGAGACACAGGUGCUAGUGGCCUCUGCCCAAAAGAAGCUCCUUGAAGAGCGAUUGAAGCUCAUCUCCGAACUGUGGGAUGCUGGAAUCAAGGCAGAGAUGCUGUACAAGAAGAACCCCAAGCUGCUGAAUCAGCUGCAGUACUGUGAGGAGACAGGCAUCCCUCUUGUCGCCAUUGUGGGUGAGCAGGAGCUCAAGGAUGGAGUUGUCAAGCUGCGGAUCGUGGCAACCAGGGAGGAGGUCAAUGUCCGCAGGGAGAGCCUGGUGGAGGAGAUCAGGAUACGAACGAGUCAGUGUUAACCCCUUCAGAUGCAUCUACUCCUUUGCUGGAUUCCAGCUGACAGAUCUUCCAUAAAUGCCUUCACCAGACUGUGCAGCAGUGGGUGGAGUGAGAGGGUGACUUUGAAAGCUGUAUUUAUUCUUGUCUUAAGCCCUUCCUUCCCCGGUGGGAGCCAAGAGGCUGCACUGACUCCUGUGCCAUGCCCUGGCUCUUGAGAAUGGUGCAGGAAAGAUGUUGUGGAAGUGGCUAUGGCAGAUGCUGGCCACACGUCUGCCACAGCGACCCAUGGAGCAGCAAGUCCCGGGGGUUUGGCUGCAGCUUCUUGUUCCCGUCGCUUUGAAUAACCAUCCCGGCCCAUCUCUCUGCCCUGGCUGCAGGGGCUGACCUUAUCCCCAGCAAAAUGUAAUGGCGCUGCUCCCAGAAACAUAAUAAAUCUGUCUGUCCCCUG